AUGUCGAAAUAAAUGAACAUGUUUUUAAAAAUCUUGGGCAAAAUCGACUUUUGGACAAUAAAUAAAGGUGUAUCAUCCGAAUUAAUGACGUAAAACGUCAAAAUUAAGAAGCCAAAAUUAACUAAAAUUUCGCAGUGUAAUUACUGUUAACAGUUAAAAUAUUUGUUAUUUUUUUAAUAAUAGAUUUAGGGAAUUCUAAAAAUGUGAUGUUAACAGUCCGACGAUGAGUAAAUUAUUUUAGUAAUUUACGUCUUGCCCAACGUUUCAAUUGCAAAUACUAAAAAUAGCACUUGCGAGUUUGUUAGAAAUGUGUUCAAGAACGGUGAAUUUUUCAACGUUUGCGAAACAUACUUGUUACUUUGGUAUAACUCGCGUCCGGGUAGAAACAGUGUGAACUUUUCAAACUUUGUGGCUUUAAAUUUUGCGAGGUUUGUGAUAUGAACGGAAGAAAAAAUUUGGUUAUGUUAUUUCCAUGUUUUUAAUAUGAUAGGACUAGGAGAGGCAAAAAUUUCUCUAGGGGAGGCUCAGCAUCCCCUGGCCUUCGCUAGCUGCGGCCCUGUCUAGGGGUCACAAAACGUCGAGAAAAUAUGAAAGUUCCAAGUUGCCCGAUGGACUCCACUACUAUACUUCCUUAACUUACGCUCAUGAUUCAACGAACGUGAUGGCGGCGGAGCCAAAUGGCUCACAAGGAGAAAAUACCACAAUACUGCCUCUUUCCUCUACAACACUCGAUCCAGUGGAGAGAAACAAAAUCGAAAUGGAAUUUUACAAGACUUACGAUGUUAUGACAGGAGUCCGUAUAGCCGCUACGCUCGGUGGUUUUUUUGGUUUGAUGGUUCUUCUUGUUUUAUAUAAAUCCAAAUCAAAGACUGAAAAAGCCUUGGAAGAUCCUGAUUUUACAGCGGCGGCAGUUGCUGAAGUAGAAGAAGAAGAAAGACAAUUAGCUGCUGUUUUAGAAGCGACGGCUUAUCAACAGUUGAAUCCGAGGAAAGGCAGAAGAUCUUUGGAUACGUCUAGUAUACCCCCUGGAUGGAUAAAAACCACCACGAGGUUUUCCUCUGUGGGUGGAUACAGCAGUUUGAUGGAACCUCCGACACGCACACAUUCAAGACUGCCGUGUUUUAUUGACGAAGACUCACCUCCUGAAGAAGAUCGAUCUUUAUAUGAUGAUGUCUACUACAAUGGACAUCUAGACGUCCCACGAAGAUCGAGCAAUAUAACAUGUUCUUCUUCAGGAAGUUCGUAUUUAGAGCGGCGCGAUUCAGCCGUAGCUCUCGGAAUUCCAGUUUUGCCGGGCCACAAAUCUAAAAGUCGUAGACGUCAAUCCUCACCGCUUCUAGAAAUCUACGAUUUUUAUUAUCCAAUCGACAUUAAAGUCAUUCAACCGACACCUGGUGGAUCACCUUGUGGGAGUGACCGUGCCCUGUAUGAUCACGUCACAGAGCCACCAAAUUUAAUACCUCGAUUAGCACCAUUAGCAUCUAUAAGUAGUUGCAAUAGUUCCUUAGGUGCUGACUAUACAGACUUGGAUGUAGCAUCGUAUACCAGUGAUUCCGUUUUUCAAGAAGAUAGAGAUAGUACAGAUGACGAAGUGGAGCAGUUUUCGACUGAUAGCGAUUUAAGUGAUGCGGGAGCUUGUUAUAAUAGGAGAAAAAAGAAAGACAAUAUUUGUGAUUCGUUAGUACCCACACCUGUUAACGAAGGACCUUCUUGUAUGUCGCCAAAAAUUAGCAUUAAGUCUUCAUCAAAGUCUUCUUUGACAGUUGUCGAGAAUCUUGAACAACCUGAAGAAACAGUGACUGAUGGUACUCGGAAAUCGUCGACAUCUUCUAUUAAUAUUGAUGAGCCGAGGGCACAAGAGACUCUUUUUUAGUUUUUUACUAAAUUAUGAUUCAUAGUUACUUAAAUAUAACAAACUAGAAGUAUUGACAUAGGUGCUAGCACUACUAGGGUAAAUUCGGUCGGUGUUAUCUUAAAGAAAUGGUAACGAUUUUGCACAAAUGUAAAAAUAUCUCGAAUACCGAGCAGUUUUUUUUUAACAUUGAAAAUUUGCUUGAUGAUGAAUAUCGAUAAAAAUGGACAUGAUAAUUUGUUUUAUGGUAUUUAAAAAUACUUAAUAUGAGAUUCUUUUAUUCCUUCAGUUUGAAAGUGAUAUAAUUUGGUUUAUAAUGAACGGUCGACACAUUUGAACAAUAGUUUAUAUAAAGUCAGAUCCUGAAACUAAGGUUUUGUUUCUUAUAUACCUAUAUCACCAAAAAAAGUUCUAUCUAAAAUUUAUAUAUCUUUUGAAGUUUAUUCAAAUAAAAGCAGUCAGUAGUAGCAGACAACCACAAAUCACAAAAGUAAUUAUUAUCCAAGUACGAUAAUAAUAAACACAUAUUUUUGUUUUAAGUACAGUUGUAGAAACGUUUAACAACGGAAAGUUUUAUAUAAGAUAAGUUUUUCCAAAUUUCUGAAGUGCCAAAUUCCGUGAAAUAAUUGCUUUAUCCCAGUUUCCGUAUUUAUUAGAUACAGCAUUCAGAUUAAAUUUGUAAUUUAAUACAAAAAUAACCGAUUAGGUAUAUAAGUGAUUCAACUCGAGUGUAAUUUUUAAUUUUUACUUUUUUGAACUAUUGUAUUGGGAAUGCCAUACAAAUAGGAACUAAAUUAUUAGUUCUUACUGUAAAGAGAGAAUGUAGCUGUCGAAAAUAUAACAACAACGUACGAAACCUAGUGGAACCAAUCUUUUUCGAAUUUACAAUCACAUAUACUUCGUAAAGAAUAAUGUGAUUAGAUUUAGUGUUUAUACAUAUGUAAGAUACAUAUCGCAUAAUCUGUAGAUAAAUUACUGUGGAAUAAAUGCGUUAAGUGUUUGUGUUUAAAAUAUUGUGGUAUGAUGAUAUUCGCUUAAAACAAAGCAUCGUCACUGUAUAACGUCGGGUCAGGGUCAAUUUAUGUCUAAUCAUGUAUGUAUGUAUGUGCAUAUACCUAUUUAAAAUCAAAGGACUUUGAAGUAGUUGUGCGAGAAAGGUAUUUUUGCUGGUUGUUAAAAUUCUAAAGCCAAUAAAAAUAUCUUUUCUUAAGUAAAAUUUUUAUUGUUAUUUUUGCAAAAUUUUAAAUACUGUUUAAAAUAGAAAAACGUGGUUUAGACUCUUAGGAAAUCAAUGUUCAUAAUUUGUUGUUUCCUUAAAUUUUACUUUUGGGAAAUAAUGCCUUGUUGAUAACAUCAGAAAAUAA